AUGAACUCUCCGGGGGUCCUGGGGAGUCUGCUCAUCUUCCUGCUGGGCUUGGGCUGCUGUGAGGCUCCGGACACCCCGGUGAAGCUGUGUGGGCGGGAGUUCAUCCGUGCUCUGAUUGCAUCCUGUGGAGGCUCAUCAUGGAAGCUGGACCCCCCCAGAGUGGAACGGCAGCAGCAGCUGGAGCAGCUCGACGUGGAUGACCGUAAGUCCCUCUCCUCCUCUCUGACCCCUCCCCCAGGAGCUCUCCUCCACUGGAUCAACAGCGAGCAGCAGCCUGAUAGACUCUCGGAGGCGACAGACCAGUCCCUCACCGAAGAGGCCCCCACCGCAGCCCUCGGGGUGGGGCAAGGCCAGGCCGUGGACCCCCUCCUGCCAUCCCUGCUGGAAAAGGGGCUGACGCGGCGCCUGAAACGGGACAUGGGGCCCGCCAGCUCCUGCUGUGCCAAGGGCUGUAGGAAGAGCCAGCUGAAACGCUUCUGCUGA